AUGACCACGCUACUUCAGCCACCAGCCAACGAUGUCUUCUCGAAUAGCCUGAAUAGCCUCCCAACACUCGACGAGCCAUCACACCUCUGGCUCAACCCUUUGAACAUAUCACAAGACAGCAAGGAUUCGUUAAUCCGAAGUCUACGCGAACAACAAGAAAAGACCAGACAAGAUUUAUGCGCAGCCGAAGAGUCCGAAGCUCACGCGAGCUCCACCCGAAAGCCCCGCCGAUCUUCCAGGGCCUACGUCUCUCGCGAUAAUGUCAGUCCCGAACGAGCAAGACACCUCGAACGAAAUCGUAUCGCCGCGAACAAGUGCCGCAAGAAGAAGAAGAAGGAACAUGAACAGAUUCAAAGCAUCCUGCACGUCGAAACCGCGAAGCGCGAGACUCUUCUCGCCCAAGUCAACGUGCUAAAAGAAGAAGUUUGGCAGCUCAAAAAUUUGAUGUUUGAACACGCGGACUGCGCCGACCAAAAGAUUAAUUUACAACUUGCGAUGAUGACCCAAAAUAUGCUAGGAGCAAACAUUGAGGCGUUGAAAUGCCCGUCACCCACCUUUUCGGCUAGUACGUGGUCCGACGGAUCGGCGAGGGAUGGGGACGGAGAUGAGGACAGUGGCAGGGUCGAGUCAGGCGCACUCGAAAAUGUCGCAGAUCCCGUGCCGGUGCCGGACUAUCAAGAUGGACUCUUUGAGAGUUUCAUCGAUGUGCCAAAUAUGUUACAAUAG